GACGAAAAUAUAUCACUGGUGAAAAAAUCUCGACUGUCUUGAAGGCCGCCAACGUUGAUGUUGAACCUUACUGGCCCGGUUUGUUCGCCAAGGCUUUGGAAGGUGUCAAUGUUAAGGAUUUGAUCACCGCCAUGGGAUCUGGUGCUGGCGCUGCCCCAGCUGCUGCUGCUCCCACCUCCGGCGGUGGUGCCCCAGCUGCCGCUGAAGCAAAGAAGGAAGAAAAGAAGAAGGAGGAAGAACACGAAGAGUCCGAUGACGAUAUGGUCUUUGCUCUCUUCGAUUAA